GUGGGUGAACAAACCUAGUUAACUUCGAUUGCAGUUUUCUUUCGCCAACGACAACGUUUGAGGUGGAAAUCACGGUUCGCAUUAUGCUUUAACAAACAUUGGUUUAUACAUUACAUCAAUGUGCUGUGUGCGAUGUCAGGCUUUUACAGUAAAAUGGCUUUUCUGGAUGAUACCAACGGAAACACCGUAAGCAUUAGCAAACAGUCUGGAUCCGGGGAAGAUGACGACAACGUCGUCAGCGGGAUUGCUUCCAAUUCCACCGAUUUGGCGUCCAUGCUGCACUCGCCGUCGAACGAUGACCUUAGUCAGAGCCUUUCUGAAUAUACGGAUGCGGACGAAAGCAUAUCAGCUCCGACGGAACUGUUGGCGGAAUUCCUCUCUGCGAUCAUGAUUCGAGACUACAUAAACGCACUGAAAUACUGCAAACAAAUACUACAAUACGAGCCCAACAAUACGACAGCGCGCGACUUUUACCCCCAUAUCCUGUCCAAAAUCAAUGAGGUACAAAAUCAAGAACUUUCGGGUGAAAGCGAUGAGAAUUACAACUUCAACUACAGCUCGCCGCUCGCCUCGUUUGCGUCAUCGGCGUCGUCGUCCUCGGCACCGUCCCGCUCAUCCAGCUCAUCUUCAUCCUCUUCUGAGUGCGAUAACAACGAGCUCGAUGAAGUGAUUAUGGUAUGCAGCAGUGAAAGCGACGACUCAUCCGAGGCAUGUUGCUCGCUACCCGAUUCCAUAUCCAUUGCCGGUCAUGAUGGUGAUGGGGAGGAUGGCGACGCAGGCCCGGACGAACAAGCCCAGCUGGGUUGGAAACCGGCAUUGGCAAUAACUUCUCCGGAGCACACCCACUCGUCGCAAUCUUUUUCGGGCCGCAGUCUACCUGCAGAGGGCGACGGUGGUGCCCUUGUGGCUGCUUCGCAAUCACUCAGCGACAACAACACAUCACAAUCGUAUUCGAGUUUGCUAUUGGAGGACGAAGAAAAAGAUCUCACACUAUCCGAUAUUUCCAACCUAAACAUAGAAGAAGAUGAAACUUCAAACGAUUGUGCAGGUUCAGCGGAACACAGCAGCUCGCCGCAGGAUCCGGUGACUAAGGCCUUGGUUGCAAAACCGGUAGCUCAUUCAAAUCUGGCGUCUGCUUCGGUACUGGCUUCGAAGCUGGUUGCAAUGCUGCGCUCGAAAGUAAUACCAUCGAAGGGUACCAGCAACUGAUUUUUCAGAAAUAAUUCCAACAUAUAGACUUACUAACUCCCUUCUGAAGCAUUGCUUUCAUUAGAGGGUUUCAAAUGAAUAUUUAACGCUGUUUAUCUCACGUGUGUGUCAGACAGAAUUAUGUUAUUGUCGAUAGCAUUUUAAUGCCCUUUUUUCUAGUCAUUGGUAUUCUACCAUUGCAUAGUCUACUUUUAAAGUACAACCAAAGAAAAUAGUUUCUACAAACUCUAGUAAAUUAAACUGUAAAACCAUAACGAAAUUUAAGUUUCACAAUUAGCGAAAUGGUUGCCUAAAAUUGGAAAGUGUUUCAUGCAGGUUUGGCAGUUAUGAGUUAGAACAGUAAUUUAUUGCCUAACAUGCUGACAUAUUUAUAUCUUAACAAAUAGUUUUGUUGCCCAAUGUUACUUACAUAGCUUCGGUGAUUAUGCUUCAAAUUCGUCCACUGUCGAAACAUUCCUUACGGUACACUCUUUUACGUUCACUACAGAACGAAAAAGAAAUUCAUUUUCUGAUGGCAUACGAAAGGAGGACGGCAGCCUUUUGAUUUCCAGUUGCGAUGAAAAUCAAUUAGAUGAAGGGAACAAAGUAGAUCCAAUUUAGAGACCUAGAUAAAUAUGGAAUGGCAACUGCUGCGAACACGAAUCAUGGUUUACGUUUCCAUCCGAUCGUAUGAGAUCUUUUGAUAGACUUACGUACAUGCCCUUAACCUUUGCCGGGAAGCAGUGCUAAAGGGCUUGCUGCACCUGGAACGGUAACAUUCUGUCAGUGUAGAUGAUAGAGAACUUAAAGACGAGCGGUGAAAGAUAUUACAGUAUCUGUGUGAACAAUAUUUUAUAUUUUUUUUAGAAAAGUAAGAAUGCGUAUUUGUUCUUGAGAAAAAGAAAAACGAUGUUCUUAUCAUAUAUUGGACACUAGUCACCAUUGUAUAACUGAAAUAAUGGAUGGAGAUGAAUAAAAAUUAA